CAAGAAUGAUGACACAAGAAAUCCCAACUCAUUUCACUGUUAAAAUUGAAGCGUUUUCACUGCUCUCCAAGGCUUCAAUAGAGAGAUAUGAAACCAGUGAAUUUGAAGCCGGAGGCUACAAAUGGAAAUUGUCACUGUAUCCAAAUGGAAAUAAGAACAAGAAUGAAAAAGAUGAUCUCUCUCUCUCUACUUGUCAAUGGCGGAAACAAAGACACUCCCUCGUGGUUGGGAAGUCAGUGUAAAUUUCCGGUUGUUUUUGCUUGAUCAGAUCCGAGACAACUAUUUGAUGGUUCAAGAUUCCAAGGUAACUGGGAGGCGUUUUCAUGCAAUGAAAACCGAAUGGGGUUUUGAACAAUUUAUCAGUCUCAAGUCUUUCAUGGAUGCUUCUAACGGAUAUCUUAUCGGAGAUACCUAUGUGUUCGGAGCUGAAGUCUUUGUUUGUAAAGAAAGAAGUAUAGGCAAAGGCGAAUGCUUGACAAUGAUAAAAGACUCCAUUGCCACUAAGACUAAUUGGAGAAUUGAGAACUUCUCAAAGUUAGACAAUGAAUAUUAUGAAUCCAAAACAUUCAAUGCAGGAGAUCAGAAAUGGAAGGUACAAUUGUAUCCAAAGGGGAAAGGUAGUGGGAUGGGCAACAGUGUUUCUCUAUAUUUGGCUUUGGCUAAUCCUACGACACUUCCUCAUGGUCAGAAAUUUCAUAUUGAAUUUGUCUUGCGCUUGGUAGACCAGAUGUAUGGCAAACACAUUUCUGGCAAAGGGAAAGAUAGAUAAGAUGUCUCAACACUUCAUGACAUGCUAUGUAAUUUGUAGGAAAGCCAAUCUUGGGUGAUUGGGUUAAACCCAUUCACUAGCAUGAAAUGAAAUGCUAACCUCUUGGUUUGGGUCAAAAUUGGGCAAUUGGGCUGGCCCAUCUGUCCAUGCCCAGGAAUCAGGCUCAACAAGGCAAAGUCAUCCAGGCUCGAGGUCCAUUAUAUUGCCUUGAUGAAACCACUUGGAUUAGGAAUCAGAUCCUCUCCAGCUGCUUGGAUGCUAAGAAUGCAUCCGAUGGCUGGGAGGAUCUUUGGGUGUGCACCUAUUAUUGGGCUGUAUAUUCGGAACCUCUCGGCCAUCGGAUGCUACGUUGGGUAUUCCAACGACUGGAGAGGACCUGAAUUCCUUGGGCUUGGAUUGCUACUUUUGUGCAAAAACCACAACAUAUGCAAAUAUUUUGAAAAAAUGACUCUGUGGGGCGAGUGUUACACUUGUGCCUAGACACAAGGGUGAAAUGAUUGCCCCUACCCCCACGAAAGGAAAAAAUGCCAACCUUAUUGAUGCUUUUGUGCGUAGGGGCCACACUUCCCCUCCCCACCCCCCCCUAAAACACUUCCCAUAUGUGUAUAUAUAUUUAUAAGAUUUUCUUAUUGACAACCGUUUAGAUAUUGAAUUAUUUUAACUUUACAUUUUUUUUUCUUCCCUUUUAGUAUAAUACACAUUUUUUGUUCAAUUAGGGUAUUGGUGUUGCGUUGUUAUGUCUCCUUUCCUUUUAUUUUCCUCUUUUCUUUCUUUGGCUUUACCACGUGCCCCGUCACUGAUCCAUGUAGUUGACCCCAUUUAUUUGGGAAAGGCUAGUUUAUUGUUGUUGUUGUUGUGUCAUUUCAAAUGUGUACUUGAAAAAUACUUAUGAUAAUGAUAUCUUUUGAUAAUGAUAUAAUAAUAUGUAUAUGUCAUUUUCAACUUAUAUUUGAAAACCCUCUGAUAACCAAUUUUUUAUAGGAUUUUUGGGAGUAACACAAGGAGCAUUUAAAUAGUGUCAAGUUCUAAAUACAACUAUAGGGAUGUCAUCCAAAAACAAGAAAAGAAUCUUGUCCACCAUGCGUGUUCUCCACACCCAAACAAAGCUGUGUGAAAAGACCCAGCUGCCCUUGCAUGCUUUGGGUAUUUUCACAUCUGCGGCAACGUCCUAACCAAUGAGAGUGCAUCUUCGAACAUCGAUCAAGAGAGGUGCGAUCUGUGUCUGGGCAUAAGAGUGUGCUCCUAGACAAAUCACUUGUCCCAUAUAUAUAUACAAGAUUGUACGUAGAAGAUUUCCUGAUUUUUACUCAUUGAAGACUAGCUUCAAAGUCCUAAUUCCCCCCCCCCCCUAUUUUGCAGCUAAUCCGUGGUUCAGUGCCUCAAGUCAAGAUCAUGGUUGGUCAAGGUUUGUUUCACAUAGUUAUCUCUAUCAACAGAACACAGGUAUCCUUGUGAAAGAUACUUGCCUUGUUGAAGUAGAGGUUACUGUAAUUGGUGUACUCAACACCUUCCCAUGAAUAUUUCAUAUAAAAGAA